GUGCGCCUGCAAAAUCAAAACCAGUGCUGCUAGCAUCUCGAUUGUUCCCAGCACAAGGACAAGGCGCUAGCUAUAGCAGUUAGUUGUGCCAAAAAUGUUGGUCACACUCACCACCCUGCUGCUCUCCCUAAUCCAGCAAUGGGAGCUCAUCCUCGUAGCACUCGUUUCUGUUGUUACCCUCCUGCUGUUGACACGGAGCCGGAGCAGGUGUUCCCAGAAAGAGAUGAAGCUGCCACCAGGUCCAGCGCCGGUGCCUUUCCUGGGCAACCUGCACCAGCUGGGCAGGCUUCCGCAUCGAACUUUGCGUGAUCUGGCACGGCUUCACGGGCCGGUGAUGCAGCUUCAGCUCGGCAAAGCACCGACCGUGGUUUUGUCGUCGCCGGAUGCGGCAUGGGAGGGGCUCAAGGUGCAUGACCUCGACUGCUGCACACGGCCUGUGUCCCCCGGGCCGAAGCGCCUCACCUAUGACCUCAAGAACGUGGCAUUCGCACCAUUUGGCUCAUAUUGGCGCGACAUUCGUAAGCUCCUGGUGGUCGAACUUCUCAGCGGGCGCCGCGUUAAGGCCGCAUGGUACGCACGGCAGGAGCAGGUGGACAAACUAAUAAGCACCCUUAUGCGUGCGGGAGGGAAGCCAGUGGCGCUGGACGAGCACAUCUUGAGCCUCUCCGAUGGCAUCAUCGGCACAGUGGCUUUUGGCAACAUCUACGGCAGCGAUAAGUUCACACAGAAUAACAACUUCCAGCACGCGCUGGACGAGGCAGCAGAGGUGUUAUCCAGCUCCUCGGCCGAGGACUUCUUCCCCAAAGCCAUCGGCCGGCUCAUCGACCAUAUCACCGGCGCCUUUGCCCGGCGCGAGCGCAUCUUCAAGCAACUCGACGCCUUCUUCGAGAUGGUCAUUGAGCAACACCUGGACCCUAAGCGCACCAAGCCCGACAACGGCGGGGAUCUCGUCGACGUGCUCAUCACCCACUGGAAGGAGCAUCGUGGCAAACUCAACUUCACUAGGGACCAUGUCAAGGCCCUAAUCUUCGACACGUUCAUUGCUGGUGUUGACACGAGCUCUGUGACGAUUCUGUGGGCGAUGUCCGAGCUGAUCCGCAGUCCGCGUGUGCUAAGCAAGGUGCAAGCCGAGAUCUGGGCUGUUGUGGGCAGGAACGAUAGGGUGCGGUCAGAAGAUGUGUCCAAACUCGAGUACCUUAAACUAGUGGUGAAGGAGACCCUGCGGCUGCACCCACCGGCACCACUGCUAGUGCCGAGAGAAACCAUGCGGCACAUCCAGAUUGGCGGCUACGAUGUGCCAGCAAAGACACGGAUCUACGUAAAUGCAUGGGCGAUUGGUAGAGACCCAACAAGCUGGCCUAACCACCCAGAAGAGUUCAACCCUGAGAGGUUUGAGGGGAACGAGAUUGACUUCAAGGGGGAGCAUCCUCAGAUGCUGCCGUUCGGCACGGGGCGACGGAUAUGCCCAGGCAUAUCAAUGGGCAUUGCCACUGUGGAGUUUACGCUUGCCAAUAUGCUAUGCUGCUUCCAGUGGGCGCUUCCUGAUGGGAUGGAGCCUGAAGAUGUCAGCAUGGAGGAGGAAGGAAAAAUAAACUUCCACCGCAAAACCCCGCUCAUACUAGUGCCCACCAUACGUUAGGGUAACUAGCACAAUGUCCGUGUAUGUGUAUUGCUGCGGAGCAAUAUAAUAAGGGUGUGUCUAUGGCUCAUAUAGAUGUGACAUAACAAUGUCACAUCUAAGUGAUGUCUAUGCACAAAGUGUGCUCCCAUUUUACUCCGUAGUUCCUCUUUUCUCUUGUCAUUUGUAGUUGUUGUGAUUGUCCACCGAUGUUCUACUUGUUGUCUGCAAACCUUUUGCUGAGCCUACUGGGCUUUUUGUUUUCGGUUGUCUGCAAAAAAAAUAUGUGAAGUGCUUGUAUCA